UUUGUAACUGCGAUAAACAUAUACUUUUAAAUACUAUAUUUACAAUAACAAUUCGCUAGUUGAUUCGCCGUCUCGUAUCUGCCAUUCACCACGCAACGCGACAACACCUGACAUGCAGCAGCAAGUGGCAACCUUUUGUUGCGGCGAAAACGGCGAAUAAGUCACAAGACCAGUCAGCUGAAUUUCGAUAUUUUUGCUAAAAACUAUUUUGUGUGCAAACUGCGCGCAACAUUCGAACAUAGCAAACAGCAAAUAAACAGCCAGCAAAAUGACUACAGCACUUUAUUUGCCCGAGGAAAACAUUGAUAUGAUUGCUGCCACUUCGGUGUUGCAGCAACAAGCAGCCGAUAUUCGCACGCGCACCAUCAACUGGGCAUCGUACAUGCAAUCCCAGAUGAUCAGCCAAGAGGAUUAUCAAGCGAUUAGUGCAUUGGAUAAAUCACGUGCCGCCUAUUUGACUCAGAACUCCACACAGGUGGUGAAGACCCUGUUGAAUCUGGUGUCGCAUCUGUCCAAGGACUCGACCAUUCAGUAUAUUCUUGUCCUGCUCGACGAUCUGCUGCAGGAGGAUCGCUCCCGUGUCGAUCUCUUUCACGAAACCUCUGGCAAGCUGAAGCAAUGCGUCUGGGGACCAUUCUUGAAUCUGUUGAACCGUCAGGAUGGCUUCAUUGUCAACAUGUCGUCGCGUAUUUUAGCCAAGUUCGCCUGCUGGGGCCAUGAGACGAUGCCCAAGUCGGAUCUGAACUUCUACUUGCAGUUCCUUAAGGAUCAGUUGGCCACCAAUAGCACUGCCUAUUUGCAAGAGAUGGCCCAGCUGGCCAAGCGGGCGCAAACGAUCAUUGUGCACUCGCAUGGGCAGCAUGGUAAAGAUCAUCACGGCAACCAGUACAGUCCCAGCGUGGCGAUGUUGCAGCAACGCCACGAUCUGGCCAAUGAAACCUACCGUGACUUUGGCAACUCCUCGUCCGAUCAGCAGCAGGAUGGCAAAUGUGUUAUACCGAACAACGAAUACAUUCAAUCGGUGGCACGUUGCCUGCAGAUGAUGCUGCGUGUGGAUGAAUAUCGCUUUGCGUUCGUCAGCGUCGAUGGCAUUAGUACGUUGAUCCGCAUUCUGUCGACUCGCGUCAACUUCCAGGUGCAAUAUCAGCUCAUCUUCUGCCUGUGGGUGCUCACCUUCAAUCCCUUGUUGGCCGCCAAGAUGAACAAGUUCAGUGUUAUCCCCAUUUUGGCCGAUAUCCUGAGCGAUUGUGCCAAGGAGAAGGUGACACGCAUCAUUCUGGCCGUGUUCCGCAAUCUGAUCGAGAAGCCCGAAGACUCUUCGGUGGCCAAGGAUCAUUGCAUUGCCAUGGUCCAGUGCAAGGUGUUGAAGCAGCUGUCAAUUUUGGAGCAGCGUCGCUUUGACGACGAGGACAUCACCGCUGAUGUCGAGUACUUGAGCGAGAAGCUGCAGAACUCUGUGCAGGAUCUCAGCUCGUUCGAUGAAUAUGCCACCGAGGUGCGCAGCGGACGUCUCGAAUGGUCGCCGGUGCACAAAUCGGCCAAGUUCUGGCGUGAGAAUGCUCAGCGUUUGAAUGAGAAGAACUACGAGCUGUUGCGCAUUCUGGUGCAUCUGCUGGAGACCUCAAAGGAUGCGAUCAUUCUGUCUGUUGCCUGCUUUGAUAUCGGAGAGUAUGUCCGUCAUUAUCCCCGCGGCAAGCACGUUUUGGAGCAAUUGGGUGGCAAACAGAUUGUCAUGCAGCACUUGGGUCAUGAGGAUCCCAAUGUGCGUUACGAGGCUCUGCUCGCUGUCCAGAAGCUGAUGGUACACAACUGGGAAUAUCUCGGCAAACAGCUGGAGAAGGAGAACGAGACCCAAAAACAAGGAGCUGCACCGAUUGCUGGCAAGGCUUAAGUCCUUCAAAGGCUGUACCGCCCCUCGCCCCCAAAAACAAAAAAAACACCGCACAGCUACCAUGUACAACCGUUAGCCAAGGUCGCCAGCCGCCUGAAAAACUUAACACUAACAAUAAAAAGUUGCGGGGACGUGUCAUUAUCGUUAGUUCCGUUUCUGCCUACUCCCCCCGUCUCCUUCCACGCCCAUUUA